AACAGUAACACUCUUCGCGUCGAAAUUCCUACUAGUAUCCUGACGUAGCAUCCGCCUUGCGCGUGUUCUUAUUGCUAAUGUGCCUCAAGUCCAUCCUGAAGGGGAGGGAAAGAGGGCAAUUAAAAACAAGAAACACAACAAAAACACAACACCGCGUUUUCAAUUAUUCUUUUUGCGGAUUGGAAAAGGGGAGCAGACGAAUUUAUGUCAGAAAUUCACAUCGACGCUGCAGGCAUGCCUGUUUGCAAUCCUGUUGUACCCCUGUUGCACCUCACUAACUACCGGGUACUGCUGCUGCAUUAUACGACGAAAAGCAACUAAAGGCAAACGUUAAGGUGUAAUUAGCUAUGCUACUGCUCACACGGAGUAGAAGCCAACAUUCAAAAAUUACAGUAUAUUAAAUGGUGAAAUUAACAUUUACUGUCGCUAGUCGAACGUUUUAUAUGUCCAAAGAGGAAAUGAGGAGGAGGCGGGGUAACGGAAAGCCAGGCCCCUUUGGAGUUACAAAUUAAACAAAACACAAACACUCAAUUACUACCUUGUAAGUGGAAGCAGAACAAGAAAUUCUCUUUUCCUGUUUCUAUUUCUCCCUUCUGGCAGAGGUGGAGCUUUACCCAUUUCUAUUACGUCACUGAUUGGCAGGAAAGACUGGCAGACUCGCACCCCGCCUCUCUGUUUUGGGAGGCGGAGGAAGGCUAUUUCUCCCCCCCACCGCACAGAAAACUCGCUUAGUUGAGAGAGACUGAGUGAGCAAUCUACUGUAUGUUGGUGGACUAGAUUACAGGAAGACGCAGGCAAUAGGGAACUAGAUCACUGUACCCCUGCUGGAUAGGACUAUUGUUUCACUGACUUCCAACUUUGGAUGCCGUCUGUGUUGUCAGUAAGAGAAGUCCAUUUGCUGGGAAUCCUGAUGCUUGCUGCUACUAAAAUCCCUGUACACAAAAUCAGCAGAAGAUGACUACAUGAUUCGAUUUCCAAAGCCAAACUGAAGAAAAAUCUUGACUAGAAGACAGCAGACCUUUUUGAUCAAUAACCAGCACAGCUGGGAGGGGUAGCACUUUUGAAUCAUAAUUUUUUUUCUAAUGGAUCUGAGACUGGAGUUGCUGUGUUUUCUUUGGACUUUCAUGUUUGUGCUAGCUAAUGUGAUGGAGACAUUUGGGAACAAAUUUUAUACUAACACAUGGGCAGUACAUAUACCAGGAGGUCAGGAAGCAGCUGAUGAAGUAGCAAAGAAACAUGGAUUUAUCAAUCAUGGACGGAUAUUUGGAGAUUACUAUCAUUUUCAUCACCGAGGCGUAGUGAAGAGGUCCCUUACAGCCCACAGAUAUCGUCAUAUUUUGUUAGAAAGAGAUACACAGGUUAGAUGGGCUGAACAGCAGGUUGUCAAACGAAGAAAGAAACGCGAUGUUUACUCAGAGCCAUCAGAUCCUAAGUUUCCCAUGCAGUGGUAUUUGCACAGUACAAAUCAGCGAGAUCUUAAUGUUAAAGAAGCCUGGGAGCUGGGCUACACUGGAAAAGAAGUAGUGGUGACUAUCCUGGAUGAUGGAAUUGAGAAGAACCACCCAGACCUUAUACAGAAUUAUGAACCAAGUGCCAGCUAUGAUGUAAAUGAUAAAGACAAUGAUCCCCAACCCCGUUAUACACAGAUGAAUGACAACAGACAUGGAACCAGAUGUGCAGGAGAGGUUGCUGCUGUGGCCAACAAUGGUAUCUGUGGUGUCGGUGUUGCUUACAAUGCUAGAAUUGGAGGUGUAAGAAUGCUCGAUGGUGAAGUAACAGAUGCUGUGGAAGCUCAGUCACUCAGUCUGAAUCCUCAGCAGAUUGAUAUCUACAGUGCCAGCUGGGGUCCUGAGGAUGAUGGCAAGACAGUAGAUGGUCCUGCUCGACUGGCCCAGGAAGCUUUCUUCAGGGGAGUUUCUGAGGGUCGUAAAGGCUUGGGAUCCAUCUUUGUUUGGGCAUCUGGGAAUGGCGGCAGAGAGCAUGACAACUGCAACUGUGAUGGCUACACCAAUAGUAUCUACACACUGUCCAUCAGUAGCACAACACAGUAUGGGAAUGUGCCCUGGUACAGUGAGGGCUGUUCUUCUACACUUGCCACAACAUAUAGCAGUGGGAACCAGAAUGAAAAACAGAUUGUGACUACUGAUCUAAGACAGAAGUGCACUGAUUCACACACAGGGACAUCAGCUUCAGCACCACUUGCUGCUGGGAUCAUUGCUCUAGCCUUGGAGGCAAACAAGAAUCUUACUUGGAGAGAUAUGCAACACUUGGUGGUGCGGACUGCCAAACCAGCUCAUCUGAACAGUAAUGACUGGGUUGUAAAUGGAGUUGGACGAAAAGUUAGCCAUUCAUAUGGCUAUGGCCUAUUGGAUGCUGGUGAAAUGGUUAAAUUGGCCAGAAACUGGACAACAGUUGGUCCACAGAGGAAGUGCGUUCAAGAAAUGUUGACAUCUUCUAAGGACAUCGGAAAUAAGUUGGAAGUUAGGAAAAGAGUGGAUGCCUGUGCGGGAAAGUCAAAUUACAUCAGUUCAUUGGAACAUGUGCAGGCAAGACUUACAUUAACUUAUAAUCGUCGAGGUGACUUGGCUAUUUAUCUUACUAGUCCAAUGGGUACACGUUCUACUCUUCUUGCACCAAGGUCACAUGAUUUCUCAUCUGAUGGAUUUAAUGACUGGGCAUUCAUGACAACACAUUCAUGGGAUGAAGAUCCUUCUGGAGAGUGGGUGGUAGAGAUUGAGAAUACUUCUGAUGCCAGUGAUUUUGGUACACUGAUGCAAUUAAUCCUUGUCCUAUAUGGUACAGACCCUGAUUCCACAACUUCUGGAAACUCACAGCCCACCAGAAUGAAGGAUGACAGCUGCAAAACUAAAGUAGAGGACAGCUCAUGUAUAGAGUGCAGGGAAGGACUUUACCUACAUGACCACAGCUGCACAGCAGUUUGCCCACCACGUUUCACCCCGGGUGCUAUAGUCAACAGCUACCAUUUGGAAAACAGUAUUGAGCAAGUGAAAGUUAUGGUCUGUCUUCAGUGUGAUGCUUCAUGUUUUACAUGCAAUGGUACCACUGCCUUUAGUUGUCUUACUUGUCCGCCGCACUCUCGUUACAAUCCUGUUGAUUUUAGUUGUUCACACCAGACACAGAGCAGCAGAGAGUCACCACCAAUAAAAGAGGAAACAACUACAUUGUCAGUCACCUCAUCUAAACUCCCUGCACUUAUCGCUGGUCUGAGCUGUGUCUUUAUUGUAGCUGUAUUCUUUAUUAUCUUCAUCUUUCUUCAAGUUAGAUCUGGGUUCAGUUUUGACAGUGUUAAAGUUUACUCCCUGGAGAAUGGACGGAAUGGAAUAAUUCCUUAUAAAGGUAUCCCUUCAGAUAUCUGGAAAGAGGAUGGGCUGUCAGAAUCGGAUGUAGAAGACUACAGCUCUCGAAGUGAAAGAACUGCCUUUAUCAAAGAACAAAGUGCCCUUUGAUAUGCAACAUUCCAUGCCAAAAUAUCUGAGAACUAAAGUCCUCCUUUUUUUCCUCCUGAAAUCAUUAGAAGACUUUGUUUAUUGCGCAUUUGUCUUCCUUCUGUAUUUUUAAAGCCUUUUAAAUUAUGGGUUGGUGUGUGCCCUAUUAUAUCCCAGAAAUAUAUA